GUUGUGAUAAACUUAUUAAAUAGAUGUUAUUAUGUCAUCUGAUUCUGAUUUGAAGUUCACCUUCACGAUUGACGAUGUGAGAAAGCAGCUAAAGAUACUAGGGUACAAUUCAGUCCCAGAUUCCAAGCUAGCUGAGUUCGCUCAAGACCUUAGGAAAUUGAUAGAGUAUGAUCAGAGGAAAAACAAAUGUCCAAGUGCAUCAGGAGAUCAUGCUAACACAUCAUCAGUCUCAGGCAAGACAGGGACUGACGCAGACUGUUCGUCCACUCUAGAAGAGAGUCAGAUCAGCUAUGACUCGAAGGACGGAGGUGACAGAAGAGGGGGGGUGGCAGCCUACUCCUCCUCCCCUGAACAGCACCUGCACGCUCGCCAUCAUAAUGCACUAAAGACGGCUGCGGGGGCACAGGGUCAGAAUGGACAGCCCAGAGACAGGUCCAAGAACAGCAGGAAGAUGAAGAGAGUCACGGCUCCGAGAAAGUCGGCUUUCAACUCCUCUUCUGUGACUGGAGCCAAUGACCCAUCUGUUCUGGAUCUGGACAGGAGUCUGACUGGGGGAGAGAACAGUGAGGAGAAUGAGGAGUGGAGACAGCUGUACCAGAGGGGUCUGAGUGCAGUGAGUGAGUGCAAAAGACCCCAGCACUACUACAAGCCACCUUCCUCCGCCAGACCGGACUUGUAUCCACAGAGACCGUCUCACGACGAAAACAAACCAUUCAACCCCCACCUACCUCGCUCCUUCAUUCGCCCAACUCCAUCACCCUCCUCGGCUUCUCAUGUGACCAAGACCUCAGCGCGUGCCAGAAGUUCGGACCCUUCUCAUUUUCAUGCUCCACCCAGUCACAUUUCGGGAGGGGAGAAGAGAAAUGAUCCGGUGUCUAGAUUCAAUGCGUAUAAUGAGGCUUGGAAAGAGAGAAAAGCGCCAGGGGAGCAGAAUCGGAACCAACUCAGGUGGAGAAUCAGGGAGCAAAUGGCAGUGGCUGAAGAGGUCAACAAAAAGCGCAAUUUGAAGCCGCCAAGUAACCCAUAUGUGGUGCCAACUGACAAGAAGAGACAGGACUUACGUUGGGAGGUCAGGUGUAAUCUGGCUGCUCACAAACCAGGAGCCAAAAACACUCAAUACUACUGAACUAAACUUAAGUCACGUGAUGUAUAAAACCAUCACGAUUGCCUAUUUCUAAAUGUCGAUAAUUGUUACCCAAUAUCAUCUCGGACUUUUUUAUCUGUUCGCCGAAAGAAUGAGAAAGUGUUACGUUUCUGUCUCGAGAUGAGAGUAAGCCAUGCUUCGAGGCCUGAAGUUUUUUUCUUUUCGAGGGUUUUACCUAAGCUUAAAAUUUCAAUCGCGAUGGAUUGUAAUACAAGUGCUGCUUGGUUACUAUGAGUGCCUUAAUUUUAAUUGCGUUUUCCUUGUGUCAUCGUUUUCCAUGUGCCUUUGCAAAAUGACAUUAUUGUCGUACUUUUGUAAAUAGUUGUCAAUAGUUUUACAAUUUUUAAAUAAUUGAAAUAAAAGUUUGUACAGUG